AUGUAUUUUAGGCAUACCAAGGCAGCGUCACUUUGUCCGAUCGUCCUUCCAAUCGAAAUGAGUGGAACCAAGAUUGUUGGUGCUCUUGUAGGAUCAUUUGUACUUGCAUUCACAUGCGAUUAUAUUAUCGCUGACAAGAAGAUUUUCGGAGGUACCACUCCAUCUACGGUUUCAAACAAGGGAUGGUGGGAAGAGACCGACAAGAAAUUCCAGGCAUGGCCUCGUACUGCGGGCCCACCCGUGGUGAUGAAUCCAAUCAGCCGCCAAAAUUUCAUUGUCAAGGCCCAUGAUUAAAGUUCCUAAAUUUGGUAAAUUUUUACCUCAAUGGUUGGUUGAACUUUCUUUCUUAUGUCAUUACAAUUUUUAGUCCAUGAGAAUUUUAUAUUUUUGCUAAAAACUCUGUAAACCAAGCAUUUCAUGCUGCAACUUGAAGUUUAAUAAAUCUUUGAUUGGCUGUCUUCAUUCUGCAACCAAAAUAUG